GCACUUCCGGGUGAAACAUGUCCAUUUCCGACGUGGAAGGCGACACAAACAAACCUGCGGAGUCGUGCUGUGUCGCGGGCUCCCCAACCCCCCGGAUCCUGACGGUUACAAACGGGCUUCGGAUGUGCGCUUUGCCCGGCCGGCGUGUUAGGCCUGGGCGGUGAAGAGGCGGUUAACAUGGUGAAGUGUGUCGUCUCAGGGUGUCCGAACCGCGCGGUAGUUGUUAACCGGGGGCUCUUCAGCAGACCGCAGAAGAGGUUCUUUACCUUCCCCAAGGACCCGGCGCGGGUCCAGGUGUGGCUCGCAGCGCUGAGGGAGACGGAGAAGCAGGACUCCGCAGAGCAGCAUAUAAUCUGUGAAGACCACUUCCUGCCAGAGGACAUCUUGGAUGAUGGCGUCAGCAGUGAUGCCAUUCCCAUCAUGCCCCCCUGCUUGGACGGGGCCUUGGGUUUGCUGGGCCACUGGAGGGCCGAGUCGUCCGAGGAGGAGGAUCAGUGGGCUGCUGGAGGAGGAGGUGGUGGUGCUGGUGAUGAGGAGGAGGAAGAAUUUGAGGUUCCAGCUAUGAUACCUUUUGUACAAGAACCUCCUACACCUACACUGAAGCAGGAUCCAGAAACCAAGCCGGCUUCAGGAGCGAGCAGGGAUGUCCUGAAUCAUUUAAAGGAGAUGAUACAGACCAAGAUAACGACCCGACAAGACGUGUCUCUGGGAGUGCUGACGGUGCGUUUCCUGGAGCUCCUGCUGACGGCGCCCGAUGGCUCGGUGGACCUGCGCGAGGUCAUGAAAAGCCUGCAUACCCGCAGGCGGCGGGUUUACGACAUCACCAACGUCCUGGAGGGCAUCAGUGUCAUUGAGAAGCAGACGGCCAACAAGGUCAAGUGGAUAGGAAGCUGUCCCAUCUCCAGCUUUCUGCCGAAGAACAAGCAGAAGUUCCACAGGGAGCUGGAGAACCUGAAGCUGGUGGAGGACACUUUGGACACCCUCAUCAAAAGCUGUGCCCAGCAGCUGUUUGAUAUGACCGACGAGCGGGAAAACGCUCAGUUGGCCUAUGUGACCCAUGAGGACAUCAGCCGGCUCGAAGCCUUCCAGGAGCAGACGGUGAUCGCCGUCAAAGCUCCAGAGGAAACCAAGCUGGAGGUUCCUGCACCUACAGAGGAGAGCAUCCAGGUCCAUCUGAAGGGGGGGAAGGGUCCCAUCACGGUGAUGACGUGCGAUAUCGGGACAGGCGAAGCUGCGACUGCAGAUCAGAGCGGCUGCUUUGUAACACUAGAGGAGAGCCGGAUAAAGACGAGCACGCUGCACAAAGAGUCCUCGAGUCCACAGAGCUCCACACCGGGCGGAGCCUCCACACCGGGCGGAGCCUCCAGCUGAUCUCCAGAUGAUACCAUCUGUCCUCAGGGGUCAGGAUAUGAAAGCAUUAACAGACUUGCUGAUACUGCAGAGUGUUUAAACGGUUUGAUUGGAACGAUCCAGAAAUGAACUGUUUGCUCACGCGCAGCGAAAACUGAAACAAUAUUCAACUGAAACAAUAUUCAACUGAAACAAUAUUCAACUGAAACGCACCAAAAUCAUGAAUCAAAAUCUGAACUUAUUGAACAUUAUUUAUGGAUCAUUUUGCAACAUUUUUCACCUAACUGAUGAUCAUGUGGAUUAAUGAUGUGGAUGAGGACAGUUUGAUCAGGAUGCUUGGACAUUUAUUUUUGUAGGGGGGGGGUUAAGCUGCUGAGCCUCUAUCAUGCAGAUGGGUGCAGAGUUUCUGGAGGCCUCAUAAUAGACAUGUCAUUUACUGACUUCUAUUUGCUGUAAAAUAUUUUACUCCUCUGUAUUUUGUGUUGGUAUCACUCUUUGUGUUCUGAUAUACGAAUGUUUUCAUCUUGGUUUGAACUUUCUAUCAGAAACACGUCUCUGAGACGCUGUAACAAUAAAAAUGAACUCCUGUGAACCCGAGAAGACGCUGUUGCUGUAUAUUGUAGAAAAUAAAGGCAAAGCCUUUCAGUUAUGA